AUGAGUCCUUUCAAAGAACUCGCCGUCGUCAUUUGCCAUGGGUCAUACUACACACCCGCCCCUUAUGUCCCCUUCAUGGAGGCAUUGAAAUCACAAGGACUUGAAGCUUACUGUCCACAGCGUCCCACCUGUGACCUCAGCAGGCUUAAUGUGGGCGACAUUAACAAUCCAGACUUUGAUCGUGAUCCUCCCACUGGCGGAUAUCCUACUGACACAGAGGAUGUGGACGCUGUCGUCGAGAUACUCAAAAAACUCGCCAACGAUGAAGGAAAACUGGUUCUCCUAGUCGCUCACUCAUCUGGUGGCUGGGUCGCUACUCAAGCCGCUGUGCCAGAGCUUCAUGCCAAAGCUCGCCAGGCUGAGGGUAAAGCUGGAGGGAUAAUUGGAAUUUUUUAUAUGGGUGCUUUCGUUGUUCCUGUAGGCGAGUCCGUCAAUAGCUUCUUCCAGCCUAAGGAUGGAACUUUGUUCACGCCACCGUUUAUGCGGUUUCAUAAACUCGGUCACGCCGGACUUGGCACUAUCGUUGACGCCCCGCACUUCAUGUUCAACGAUAUCGAUCCAGUUGCUGCCGAGAAAUGGGCAGCUACGCUGACAGCAGCUCCUAACAUGCCCACAAAGCUGACAAAUAACCCUUAUUCAUCCCUUCCUUGCUCCUACCUUGUGCUGGAGAACGACCAGACUUUGCCGAAGGAGUAUCAAGAGCAAAUGAUUGCAUUACAAAGCCAAGGAACAAGCUUGUUCACAGUUUAUCGUGCACCGUCUGGCCACUCCCCUCAUCUUAGCUGGACAACAGAGCUAGUCGAAAAAGUUGCCGAGUUUAUCGACAAAAUAUUAAAUGAGUAG